UUAUAUAAACGGGAGUGUGUAAUCCCCUCAACUGAGUCUCGAUUUAGAACAAGAAGGUACAACACGUCAAAAUGUCAGCUAAUUCUUUUGUUGUAUUGGCAUUCUGUGCAUUGGCUGUUGGUGUAAAUGCACUAACAGAAGAACAAAAGGCCGAGAUAACGAAAUCAUCAUUGCCUCUAAUAGCGGAAUGCUCCAAAGAGUUCAGCGUGAAUCAGGGCGACAUUGACGCGGCUAAGAAACUUGGUGACCCGAGCGGUUUGAACUCUUGCUUUGUAGGAUGUUUCAUGAAGAAAGCUGGAAUCAUCAACGCAAGUGGUCUUUUCGAUGUAGCCGCUACUAUUGAGAAGAGCAAGAAAUAUCUUACCAGCGAGGAAGACUUGAAAGCCUUCGAGAAACUAACGGAGACGUGCGCUCCAGAAAACGACAAACCAGUCAGUGACAGUGACAAGGGCUGCGAAAGAGCAAAACUUCUCCUCGACUGUUUCGUUGCAAACAAAGGAAGUUUCUCGGUCUUCUCACUUUAAAGAACAAAGCCUGUGAUGUUUCAUUAAUUACCUGAUAAUAUCUAAGCAAUCAUUUUUUUAUUGCAUUUGUUGAAUAAAAAUAAAAUUCAGAGUUUUUUGUUUUUAUAA